AUGACGAGCUUGUCCACCCGUCUGUCAAGACGCCCACUCAGCUUGGCGCCUCUCAACUAUCGCUACCUCUGUUUGUUUGUAGCUCUCAUCUCGGCUUUUCGUGGUGCCUGCAGACUCGUCGCUUCUUCACGACCCAAUCAAUUGGCCGGUUCCGGUCUCCGUUCCGGCUCUGGCUCGGGUCCCAGUUUCACUUGCCCUUCCUACUUCCGGUAG